GCUCUAUAUAAAUGUGUCUGCUGUUUUUGUUCUCCACUUUUGAAAUGAAGACUAUUGUGUUUGCUUUACUGGUGGUGGCUGUGGCCGCCAACACCGAUGAUAAUAAAAUCAUCGGGGGUUAUGAAUGCUCAGCUCACUCCCAGCCCUGGCAGGCUUACCUGACUUAUGAUAAUGGGGAACGUUGGUGUGGAGCAUCUCUGAUUAAUGAAUAUUGGCUUGUGUCAGCUGCUCACUGCUACAUUCCACCUCCUCGACUUGCUGUCCACAUGGGAGAGCAUAACGUCUUCAGUGAUGAAGGCACAGAGCAGCGAUUCUACGCAGAGAAAGUGAUUCCUCACCCAAACUACAAUGCCAACACAUACGACAACGACAUCAUGCUGAUCAAGCUGAAUCAGCCGGCCGUCUUCAACGGCUAUGUGAAUGCAAUCCCUCUGGCGACCAGCUGCUCUUUCACAGGGGAGCAAUGCUUGGUUUCUGGAUGGGGCAAUCAGAUCAACACAGGAGUUGACUAUGCUUCUGUGCUGCAGUGUUUGAAUUUGCCGGUACUCGCAAGACAACAGUGUCAAUCCAUUUAUGGUUCCAAAUUUAGCACUAAUAUGCUCUGUGCUGGAUUUUUGGAGGGGGGCAAAGACUCAUGUCAGGGAGAUUCUGGUGGCCCUUUUGUGUGCAGUGGUAAACUGCAAGGAGUUGUUUCCUGGGGCUAUGGCUGCGCUCAGCCAGGCUAUCCUGGGGUUUAUACUGAGGUGUGCCGCUACAUUAACUGGAUCAACAGCACCAUGGCUAGCAACUAAAUGUUUGCUCAGCCUGGUUGGUCUUUGUAAUUCAAGAUCAUUUAAUUUUAUUUCUGAAAUAUCUAUUAAUAAAUUCAUCCUGGGACAGGUA